CAAUAUUUACUGACACACAAAUAAAAUAUCUAAUUCAGACUUAUUGUAACGAUCAAGUACAGACGGAACAAUUCACAAUGAUCAGGAGAUUAUGUAUUCAAAGGAGGAAAACAUGAGGGCAGGACUUCAAUUAACUUCCACCUCCUUUCUGUUAGAGUGUGUUGUUUUUCCAGCCACAUAGUCAGUUGUCAAACCACUCAAGACAAAACGUCAACACCGAUCGGCAAGCAAAACCAGGGAAUACACGGAAUUGCGUCACUACAGCAUUCUACACAAGAGAGAACUUGACUCCCCUGACAGAGAGCACCAAAGAUGGCGGACCAACUGCAAAAGUUCAUUGCCGAGAAGAAGGACGUGGUGGAUGCCGUGAUGGACGUGUUUGAGAAAGGCGCAGAGGUGUUGGCCAGUAUCACUGGGGAACUCUUCCCCAUCUUCUCUGUCGUGGCCCCAGUGGUGCGGCUGGCCAUGGACAACGUGGAGAGCAAGGAGGCAGAGUACAUGAAGCAGCAGUUCCAGAAGGUUCGAGAGCGGCUGGAGGUCGUCUCCGUGGAGAUCCGCCAAGUCGACCAGGAGAUCAGGAAAAGCGGGGCGGACGUCCUCUACUUUUCCACGGAGGAGAACCUGAGCAAUCAGUUCCGCAAGUUCAUGGACGUCCUCAACGCCAAGCCCAAGUUCCGGGAGGUCAAGAAGAAGCUGUUUCUGGAGCACUUCUCCAAGACCGGGGGCGACAAGAACCUGCACACCCUGUACAAUGCUGUGACAGGGGACAAGUUCUCCGGGGAGUCGCUGCUGGAGAUCACCCUCAACUAUAACAAAAAGAGCCGGCGGGUCACAGAGGACUUCUGCGCCCGUCUGAAGAACCUCUUCUGCAUCGGGCUCAUCGCCCUGGUGGGCCAGGCGGCUCUGAAGGGGGCCGGCGAGGAAGAGGAUGUCCUGAAGGACUGGGGGGAGAGGAUGAAGGAGGUCCAGGGGAAGAUGGACGCCGUCAUCCAGGACUGCAUCGACAGUUACCCGGAGCAGGCCCAGAUAGACACCCGGCGCCUAGUGAUGGAUCGAGGGGCGAAGACCAGCAAAGAGCUGGCCGACUCCAUCUUGAAGGCCCUGGGGCGCAAGUAUGACUGGGUGCGCUGGUGUGUGCGGGUGUACUUGCCACCUUCAGGCAUGUUUAGAAAUAAGAAAGACUAUAACUGUGCAGUUGGGAAGAGCCGGUUCCAGGAGCUGGGGUCGGAGGGGAAGCUGGCGGUGGUGGUGUCCUACAGCGCCUCUCCCGAGCCCCUGGACAAGCCCUUGAUCCGGCAACUGCUGGCGGGGCAGAAGAAGCAGAUGCCGGAAGUCGUGGCCAAGAUGCUGUUCGAGCAGGUGCCCCUCUGUUCCAUCCACGUGAUCUCCAUGGAUGCCAAGGACCUGGCCUUCGCCUGUAACUUCGCCGAUGAGCUCCACUUUUGGGAGGUGCACAAGAAGCUACAUGUCUGUGUGCACUCUGCCUAAGGCUGUGGCCCAUGGUUGGUCAUGCGUACGCUGGUUUUUAUGCCAGCCUCAGCUCUUGAUGAUAUAAGUUGUUCAAUUAUUUGCUAAAUUCGGUCUUGUAAUUCUUUAUAUUCUGUGCUUUAAUGCUGUUAAAUGCAAAUGGUUUGAUGAGUAAUUGGAAUCAAUUAAGGCAGCAUGGGAGCUUGGGAGUGGAUGUCCUCUUUUGGUUGUCAGCUGUAAAAUCUUCAAACACUCUUUAAAGUCUCUUGCCCAAAUGGACAUAGGGGCUAGAUCUGGAAGUAGAGCGAAAAGAUAGACCACUAGCACUCUUGGUUGUUAUCAAUACUGCAAGGCCAGUGUGGCAUGCCUAAAUUCUGGAAAACAUACUAUUUUAUAAUUGGCAGCUGCAUAAAUCACUGGCUGUGUUUUAUGUGUGUGUGUGUGUGUGUGUGUGUGUGUGAGAGAGAGAGAUCCACUGAAAAAGUCUAAUUUUCUGUACCUUUUUCUGUUUACAGCUGCAAAUCAUUCCUCAACUAUUCAGUAUAAUACCACCUUUUGAAUGAUGGUGAAAUUAGGAAAAUUAUUUACCAUUUCUAUCUUUGGGUUUCAUUUUCCCAAAACCUGGACGAUAUUAGGACUCAUUAUGAAACCUUGCAAACCUUUACUCCAUAUCCAGGAGUGUUUUGAGCCGAUUAUUUUCUUGUUAUAAGCUUUAAAGGCAGGUACAGCAUCACAAAUCUCAUUGUUAGAUCCUGACAAUUCAUAAUUUUUCUUCAUGAAAAAUCCAUAAUUUCUCGAACAAUGACGAUUGGG